CUUCCAAAUAUCUGUGAUGAAUAAAAAUUGCCACGAUAUGAGUCCAGAGAUAUCUCCAACGUCCAAUAAUACCCAAAGGAUAAAAAUUGACAGAUAUGGACAAGGAUAUAUUAGAAUGGCCCCACCUUAUCACAUUUUUUAUUUUUUAUUUUUUUCACCUGAAUACAAGUUCUUCAAAGGUAAAGGUGCAUUUGCAUUCAUCAUCAUCAGCAUUCACCACCACACGAUUCCCCUCUUCCUUCUCAGAAACAAUGAAAGCACUACGGUACUUACCUUUUCUGUGGGUAGUGUUACUGUUACCCUUACGUAGUGCAGCUGAGGAAGCUUCAAGCAGCAUCAUCUUCACUACACUUGGCAGAGCUUACUAUGCUUUCGACAUCUAUUCCCUCCCAAUUCAACAACACCGAUCCACUCCUAACAAAGAAUUACGAAUCACCGAUGGUCACUCCGUCAAUUUCAACGGCCACUUCACCAACCACACCAAUAUCCAACUUCCCAACGACCCGCCACCUCUGCAACUCGUUUACGUUACGGAGAGAAACGGCUUCCCCACCAUAUACUACGACGCCGUUUAUACAACCACAACUAGGAGAAAAAGAUCAGCUCUUGAAUCUGUUGUUGCAGAUAGAAUCCAAGUUCCUCUUUUACCAAAUCAAGUUUCUAUGAAAGACAAGCCUACUGUGACACCCGAUGGCGAAUAUUUGGUUUAUGUAUCCACCCACGAGGACCCGGGUUUGCCACGUGUCAGUUGGGCUGCGGUUUACUCCACCCACCUCAAAUCGGGUCUGACCCGAAGGCUCACCCCGUACGGCGAGGCUGAUUUCAGCCCCGCCGUGUCUCCGUCAGGUACCUUGACGGCGGUGGCAUCCUACGGCGCUGACGGUUGGGACGGUGAGGUAGAGGAUUUAACUACCGACAUCUAUGUUUUCUUAACUCGAGAUGGAACUCAGCGAGUCAAGGUUGUUGAACACGGUGGCUGGCCCUGUUGGGUCGACGAUCGCACUCUUUACUUUCACCGGAGAGGCGAUGACCAGUGGUGGAGUAUUUACAGAGCGAUUCUCGGUGACUCGGUGGUGAUCGAACGAGUCACCCCACCGGGUCUCCACGCGUUCACACCUGCAACCUCACCGGGAAAUAACAAGUUCAUCGCCGUCGCAACGAGAAGGCCGGGGUCGAGUUUUCGUCAUGUUGAGCUAUUCGACCUGGUUAACAACGAGUUCAAGGAGCUGACUCGCUUGGUUUCGCCUCGGGCUCACCACCUCAACCCGUUCAUCUCGCCCGAUUCGUCGCGGGUCGGGUACCACAAGUGCAGGGGAGAACCCAACGGAAAGGAAAGUAGCCCCCAGUUGUUGCUAGAGAAUGUUCGGAGCCCCGUGCCCGGUCUAACUCUCUUCCGGUUCGUCGGUUCUUUUCCGGUUUUCUCACCCUCUGGGGACCAAAUCGCUUACGUUGGGUUGCCUGGUAUUUAUGUAGUGAACCGGGACGGUUCGAACUUGCGAAAGAUUUCCGACGUUACUGUCUUCUCGACCGCGUGGGACCCGGUUCGACCCGGAGUUAUUUACACUGCCAUCGGCGAAACAUUUGCUUCGGAGAGCUCCGAGGUUGAUAUUGUAUCCAUCAACAUUAACAAGAAGAGUCUCAAGAGAUUGACCCUGGACGGUGAGAACAACGCUUUUCCGUCACUCUCGCCCGACGGAAAAUGGAUAGUGUUCCGGUCGGGUCGGUCGGGUCAUAAGAACCUGUACGUGAUGGAUGCGGUUGGUGGAGAGAGAAACGGGCUUAGAAGGUUGACGGAGGGUCCAUGGUCUGACACAAUGUGCAAUUGGUCACCUGAUGGAGAAUGGAUCGCUUUUGCAUCGGACCGGCAUGACCCGGGUAGUGGGAGCUUCGAGAUUUACCUGAUCCACCCGGAUGGAACCGGGUUGAGGAAGCUGAUUCAAAGCGGGUCGGGUGGGAGGACAAACCACCCGUAUUUUAGCCCGGAUGGGAAGAGUAUAGUGUUCACAUCAGACUAUGCUGGCAUAUCAGCAGAGCCAAUCUCCAACCCGCAUCACUACCAGCCAUAUGGUGAAAUAUUCACCGUUAGAUUGGAUGGUUCAGGUAUCCAGAGAUUGACCCAUAAUUCGUACGAGGAUGGAACCCCUGCUUGGUCACCUAAAUAUAUGAAGCCAGUGAAUGUUGAGAGGCCGAAGGGUCCCUAUUGCUCUUUUGAAGAUUGUCAUUGGCUCAACAACAUACCAAAUGGGACAGUUGCGGGUGUGACUGCUGCUGCUAGUGCUAUGAGUAUGACUAGCCCUGUAUCAAAUGCUCAGUGCGGUUUAUAAAUGUUGGUGCCAUUUUCUGCUCUAAUAUUUGUGUAAGCCAUCAAUUAUCUACUGCUGAAUAACGAGUUUGGUACUGUUAAGUUGCAUGUAUGAUACUUCAGUAAAUGUGGGAUGUAAAUAUUAUAGGUUGUACGUGUUUUAUUAAUGUGAUUUUGAUGAUGCUUGUAAGGCCGGUCAUUUUAUAUACUUUAGGCCUUCCCCUUGUGUAGUGGGGGUACUAGACAGAAGCAGCUCUAGAAAUGGAAGCAUGUGAAACGUCAUAUGUAUAUAUAAUUAUUGUGCUCUUUUUAAAAACCUUUUAAGGAUUAGGUUGUGAAAUUUAGCAAUCUCCCAAGGCACGGUAUGACUUGAGCCAAGCUCUAUUAUGGUUUAUUGAUGCUAUAUUAAAAAAAAUGCAG